GGGCCACGCCCACCUUGGAAUAUGCGUAGUAUGGUAGUAGGCUGUUGCAGUGGAGAGUAAAGAUCAUAUUAAAAACCUGACUGGAUUUUGCUUGAGUUGAGAAAAUGGUCAAUGUGCUUAAAGGCAUCCUUGUUGAGUGUGACCCUGCCAUGAAACAGUUCCUUUUAUACUUGGAUGAGACAUCUGCACUGGGGAAGAAAUUCAUCAUUCAAGACUUGGAUGACACACAUGUCUUUAUUUUAGCAGAAGUAGUUCAUAUUUUACAAGAAAGAGUAGGAGAGUUAAUGGAUCAGAACUCAUUUCCUAUUACCCAGAAAUAAUGUUCCUGACAAAUGUAAAUGUAGUAGGCCUUUUAUAUGGCACAAGUGUGCUAAUUUUGAAAGACUGAUUGGUGCUCAUGUUUAGACAAUGGACAUUGGAUUUUCUGUUCUGUUUCUGCAUAUUUUAAACAUUAUAUAAAUAUUUAUGUUUGUUUAUUAUGUAAAGUGCAAGGCAUAACAAAUUCUGCACUGCUUGUGAAACUUAAUCAAUAAAAUUGUAAUAUGAAAAAUUUGCAUUUUUAAAAUGUACUUCAGAUUUAGACAAUGAAUAUAUCCUGUUGUAAGAAUCA